UGGGUUUGUUGUUUGUCUAAUUGUCUUAGACUUAGAGGCACACCUCUCCUCAUUCCUCUCUCUUCUCCUUCCUUCUUCUUCUUCUUCUUCUUCUUCAUCCACCACCACCAUGAUGGCUCCAUAAUGACCACCUUGCCCACCACCACAACCUUCUUCUUCUUCUCAUCCCCACACCAAUCACACCUUGACUGAUUCCCCUAGAGAAAAAAGAAAGAGACUUCGGCAAAAUCAACUCCAGCCUCUCACCAUGGCUGAUGAUAAGGAAAUGGCUGCGUCUGUUGUAGAUGGUAGCGAUCCAACUGGUCACAUAAUUUCUACAACCAUAGGAGGCAAAAAUGGAGAGCCCAAACAGACCAUUAGUUAUAUGGCAGAGCGUGUUGUGGGAACUGGGUCAUUUGGAAUUGUUUUCCAGGCGAAAUGCUUGGAAACUGGUGAGACUGUGGCUAUAAAGAAGGUUUUGCAAGACAGAAGAUAUAAGAACAGGGAACUUCAAUUGAUGCGUGUGAUGGAUCAUCCAAAUGUGAUUUGUUUGAAGCAUUGCUUCUUCUCUACAACAAGCAAAAAUGAGCUUUUUCUCAAUUUGGUCAUGGAAUAUGUUCCGGAGACCAUGUAUCGGGUCUUGAAGCAUUACAGCAAUGCAAACCAGAGAAUGCCCCUUGUAUAUGUCAAGCUUUACAUGUACCAGAUUUUCAGAGGACUGGCUUACAUACACACCGUUCCUGGAGUUUGCCAUAGAGAUUUGAAGCCUCAAAAUUUAUUGGUUGAUCCUCUAACUCACCAGGUCAAGCUCUGUGAUUUUGGAAGUGCCAAAAUGCUGGUGAAAGGUGAAGCAAACAUAGCAUACAUAUGUUCACGUUUCUAUCGGGCUCCAGAACUAAUAUUUGGUGCCACGGAUUAUACAACUUCAAUUGAUAUCUGGUCAGCUGGCUGUGUCCUAGCAGAGCUUCUUUUGGGCCAGCCUUUGUUUCCUGGGGAAAAUGCAGUGGACCAACUUGUAGAGAUCAUCAAGGUUCUGGGAACACCAACACGUGAAGAAAUUCGCUGUAUGAAUCCAAACUAUACAGAUUUCAGGUUUCCACAGAUAAAAGCACACCCUUGGCACAAGGUUUUCCACAAGCGCAUGCCUCCAGAAGCAAUUGAUCUGGCUUCAAGACUGCUACAAUACUCUCCAAGUCUUCGUUGCACAGCUCUAGAAGCAUGUGCACAUCCUUUCUUUGACGAACUCCGUGAGUCCAAUGCCCGCCUACCAAAUGGUCGCCCAUUGCCUCCGCUUUUUAAUUUUAAGCAAGAGUUGUCCGGCGCUUCUCCAGAGCUUAUCAACAAGUUGAUUCCUGAUCAUGUGAAACGCCAAAUGGGUCUCCCUUUCUUGCAUGCGGCUGGCACAUAAAUGUGAAGAUUAUAUGCAGUUGCUAUCUUCCAGUUGAACUGUGACACACAAAGGCUUCCUAUCUUUGUGGUUAAAUCGCCACUUAGUUAGAAUCCUGAGGAUCAUCAUAUUUUGCUCUGCCUAUAAGACUACCAACCGGGGUGGAUGGAUGGCAUCUUGUAAUGUGUUCUCUUCUACGGUUUCUUCCCCUAUCCCUCUCUCAUCCUUGUCUCCCGAAAUUCCUUUUUGUUGCUGUAAAUGUUUGAUAGUAAAGAUAGACCGAGACUCCUGAGAAAUCUGCUAGAGGAAAAGCUAGAAAAAGUGUAUCUAUAUAGCUAGGAAGAGAAUCCCUAAUAGAAUGUUAUGUUGGUGGUUGCUGGGCGGGUUUGCUUUCACUUCAAUGUUGUUUCUUUAAGGUGGUUUGUGGUGGCUGACUUGUAAUUGCGGUCAAAUAUUCACUUUACUGUUUGUGCAAGCUUAAAAGUAAUGCAUUGUUCUCUUGUCAA